UCAAUGAAUAUGUUGUGGGAAGACAGUCGCGAGUGAAGAGUAACGGAAGAUUUCGGAUUAAAUUGUAUUUAUCGUCGCUAUGUGAUUACUUACAAUUUGUGAAUAUACAAGUUUACACAAAAAUGGACAAAUCCCGAUAUCUGGAUUUAAAUUUGUCAGCUUUAUUUGUGAUUUUAUUUGGUAUAUGUGUAAGCAAUGGACAAGAUACAUUUUACUUUAACCUAAAACCCACAGAUCAAGCUGUUAUAGAAGCGACAGAAUUAACGUUACUAUGUGGUGUUUCAAAUCCCAGACAUAUACAGUUUCACUGGAUACACAACGGAAAGCCAGUCACAAACACAAGUCGGAGGUUUCAGGACGGGAGCAAUUUACGGAUUUUACGCGUUACACGAGAGCAAGACACAGGUCCUUUCCAAUGCAUAGCGACAAACGUUACUACUGGGUUUUCUUUGCAGAGUGGUGAAGCUACGCUUGAUAUUCAAUGGAUAGAUCCUGUUGCUACAGUAGAACUGAAGCGUGUCAAGGAGGAUGAGGUGGCACUUGGUGCUGACAUACAACUUAAGUGUCAGAUAACAGGAAAUCCAGAACCUACCUACUACUGGUACCAAAACCAGUACAGGGUAUUCAACAAGGACCAUGUGAAGAUAGUGGAUAAAGGCACAAGGUUAAAGUUGAACAGUAUUACAGCCAGUGACAAUGGUGUGUACUCUUGUAGAGCGGAGAAUGUGGCAGGAACUGUGGACAGCACUACAAACUAUCUGCUAAAUAUCAAAGCACCAAACACACCACAUCUGGUAGAAAGCCUCUUCACUCCAUACAAGCUGGUGUUGAAAAAACAUGCAGCACGUCUUGAUUGCCCAUUUAUAAAUGCCACUAAAAUAGAGUGGUUUGCAAAUCAUGAAAAGCUGACAAACAGCACAAGACAUACAGUGUUCAACAAUGGUUCCCUGUACUUUCCAAGGGUUCAAGAAGCAGAUGAGGCUGGGUACCGGUGUGAGGGUUUGUCAAACCACCCAGACACAGCGCAGACAUUCACUGCAGAACUUGUUAUUGCCUAUUUAGAGGACUUUGAUGUGAACACCUUUGAACCUCGCUUGAUUCCAAGUUAUCCGAUGGUCAUUCCAGUACAUGAGCCCUUCACUGUGAAAACAUUUGUUCCAGAUGGUAAACCUGCUGCAUCAUUUAGAUGGUUGAACAAGAAUGACAUGCCAAUAGUAGAUACAGGGGCUAUAAGGACUGUAGAAAGCAACCUAUACUUCGAAGAUCCCCAGCAGAUUGAUUCAGGAAACUACACGUUUAUCGUCAACAAUACAGCUGGCCAGAAACAACAAAGUGUUUGGAUUAUUGUUUCAGUGCCACCAACUAUCCGAAGAGGGCCACAGUCUAAAGAGACAUCAGAGGGACUAGAUGUGGAGUUCACGUGUCAGAUCUCCGGUACACCAUAUCCCGUAACAACCAUUUUAUGGCAGAAGGAUGACAAAUAUAUUAAACUGGGGUCAUCAAGGCACUAUAUGAACCUAAGGACAGGAGAACUUCGUAUUUCCAUGGUAACAGAAGAAGACAGGGGAGAGUACUAUUGUAUUGCUAACACAACAGGACAGAAACUGGUACAGUCACUUCCUGCAAGACUCAGAGUUAAAAGGAAACUGAAGUUCAGUACAGAGCCAGAGAGUAGGUAUUUGGAAUUGAACUCUGACGCGGAGGUUACCUGUAAAGCAGAGGCAGAAGUCACACCAAAGGUUAAAUGGAUUAAAGGGCUGCUGACAGGAAAAUGGGUAGACAACAAGAAUCUGGACUAUACUAAACACAUUAUAGAUGCUGACGGUGUUCUCUACUUCCGUGGGGUGCAGAGAAAUGAUGCUGGACCGUAUACAUGUGUUGCUAUGGUGAGCAAAGGAAUUACACAGGAAUACAUCAAUAAGACCAUCUUUAUAUAUGUUGUUGAGAGUCCGAAGUUCCAGAUACGCCCUUUGAAUACAACAGCAUAUGAAGAACAUUCUAUGAUGCUACAUUGUGUUGCCACAGGAGAUCCUAGACCAUCCAUAAUCUGGGACAAGAAUGGCAUCAGAGAAUUCUGGGAUACCAGUAGAUAUACAUUUUAUCCCAAUGGUAGUAUGUCAAUAUCAAAGGUUUACAUGAUGGAUCAGGGAAUGUAUGGUUGUACAGCAAAUAACAGUGCCGGUUCCAUAUACACUUCUGCUUACGUUUAUGUUGCCAGUGGAUCAGAAUACACCAAGAUGAAUGCACAGGAAGAAGAAGGGUUUGAUAUGAUGCGUACAGUGAUUAUAGCUGUGUGCAGUGCGGGAGCGUACCUCGCACUUGUUAUUGGACUGACAGCGUACUGUAGUUACAGACUACUGCUACAGAGGCGUAACAGAAAGGCUAUAUUGAAUGGUGAGAAACAGAAUGGCGGUGUGCCUCAAUCUGAACAACAUGAACUACUGAUGAAAGAGGGUGAUCGGGAUUCUGGUGGAACGCAUGGUUGCCGUAGUGACAGUGACAACCGCUCUCAUGUUUCUGCUCUCAGCUCUCACCCUUCACAUUCAUCUCACUCAAACUCGCACUCCAAUUCUCACACACAGUCACAAAAUUUAUCUCAGCAGUCACAACGUAGUGCCGGAAAGACAAGCGUAGACAGACUCUAUUUUCCGAGACAGGAGUUGCAGACAAUAGGAAUUUUAGGAAAAAGUCAGUUUGGAGAUGUAUUUCUGGCCAAGGCUCGUGGUAUACGGUCAGGAGAAAUAGAGACCCAAGUUGUAGUCAAGUCACUGUUGUCAAAAGAGGACCAACAUUACUACGAGUUUCAGCGGGAAAUGGAAAUGUAUUCAAAGCUUGACCAAAAUAAUGUUAUAAAGCUGCUGGGUGUCUGCAAGGAAAUAGAACCCUACUUUUACAUAGCAGAAUAUUGUGACUGGGGUGAUUUGAAACAGUUCUUGUUAGCAUCACGUGUUGACAACAAUGGUCGACGGCGAAUUCCACCAUUGACUAUUUUACAGAAAAUUGGAAUGUGUAACCAGGUUGCACUAGGAAUGGAACAUAUGUCUAAUAACAGAUUUGUUCACAGAGAUCUUGCUACAAGAAAUGUGCUUCUAACAUCACGUCUCGAACUGAAAAUAUCUCACAUGGCUUUAGCACGAGACCUGUACGCCAGUGAAUAUGUGAUUAUAAACAAUCAGACUGCUUUACCGCUUAGAUGGUUGUCGCCAGAAGCAGUGCUGGAAGCAGACUAUUCUACAAAAAGUGACGUUUGGGCAUAUGGUGUAUUUAUGUGGGAAGUUUUACAUUUAGCUGAUAUGCCACAUAAAAACCGCAAUGAUGAAGAACUUUUGAAAGGUCUCAAAGCUGGUGAUGUGUGUUUAGAGUUUUCAGAACAUUGCCCAAAUGAAAUGAUAGAUCUUGUACGGAAAUGUAUGGUAGAAAGCCCAAAAGACCGUCCAAAUUUUACAGAAAUCUGUAACAUUGUUGCAGAGCUUGUACAAAUAUAUUCACAACCACAGUAUCAGAAUCCAGUUUCGCCGUCUGCUUCGUCUUUCCCACCAAUGACUUCAUACCAUGCACAUGAGCCGUACAUGACUUGAAGCAGGCGCAGAGAAAAAAACUAGAGAAAAAUGUAUAAGACGUCUGCUUCACUCUAACGUUGAAUAUUUCAGCAAUAUCAUUACCAUUCAAACCAGAUUUUGAAUUUCUGAUAUAAUUUAGAGAAUAUUAUCAAAUGGAAAUACGUCAGGAUGCAGACUUCGGAGAUGAAAUCCGUGAUAAAUUCCCGAAUAUUGGAUAAACAUUUCACAAACAUUAUGUGUUGUUUCAGUAGUUGCUAUUUGUGUCUUACAGUGAUAGAAGUCAGUUUCAUAGAAACACUGUUUAUUUUACUGAAUAGUUGCUAAGACAAUGUACAGUUUCCUAGAAACGUUGUGUUGAAUCUAUAGUGUCUAUUUUCGUCAAGUGAUAAAAACAUUGUAUAGUUUUGUAGGCAGUUUGUUCUAAUAGUUGCUAUCUUAUGUAUAUUUCUUUACUCUUUAAAACUUCCCAUUUUAAAUGGUUAAGUUAGUGUCCAUAUUUCGGAGGAUGUAUGUUUUUAAACGGACACUACGAACAUGAAGUCAGUAUGUUUUUUUAAGCUCACCAGUCACAAAGUGACAAGGUGAGCUUUUGUGAUCGCGUGGCAUCCGUCGUCCGUCCGUAAACUUUUGCUUGUGAUAUUUUUCAAUGGAUCUUCAUGAAAAUUAGUGAGUAUGUUCACCUUGAUAAUAUCUAGUUCAAGUUUGAAACUGGGUCACAUGCGGUCAAAAACUAGGUCAGUAGGUCUAAAAAUAGAAAAUCCUUGUGACCUCUCUAGAGGCCAUAUUUUUCAAUGGAUCUUCGUGAAAAUUGGUCUGAAUGUUCACCUUGAUGAUAUCUAGGUUGAGUUUGAAAGUGGGUCACGUGCGGUCAAAAACUAGGUCAUUAGGUCAAAAAAUAGAAAAAUCUUGUGACCUCUCAAGAGGCCAUAUUUUUCAAUGGAUCUUCAUGAAAAUUGGUAAGAAUGUUCACCUUGAUGAUAUCUAGGUCAAGUUCAAAACUGGGUCACGUGCCUUCAAAAACUAGGUCAUAAGGUCAAAUAAUAGAAAAACCUUGUUACCUCUUUAGAGGCCAUAUUUUUCAAUGGAUCUUCAUGAAAAUUGGUCAGAAUUUUUAUCUCGAUGAUAUCUAGGUCAGGUUCAAAACUGAGUCACAUGAGCUCAAAAACUAGGUCACUAUGUCAAAUAAUAGAAAAAACGAUGUCAUACUCAGUUCAAAACUGGGUCAUGUGGGGACAGGUGAGCGAUUCAGGACCAUCAUGGUCCUCUUGUUUUUUAAAGUAGACAAAAAACCAGGACAACUGAUUAAAGUAUUAUAUGGUGUAUACAAUUGAAAUUCUAUUUAUUGGCUGCAAAACUCACAAAUUAUUUAUUCUCAGUUGUAAUUCUUGAAGUUUAAUUUAAGCAUUUUGUCGUAAAUUUACUUUUCUUCCUUCAAAUAUCUUUGAAAAUGUUUAAAAUGAAGAAAUGUGUAUAUUUACAAUGAUUUUAUUUAUUUAUUAUUAAUGUGCUGUCAGUUAUAGGUCCUGAUGGUAUAAAGGGUAAUUUACUGUCAGAAGUGAAAUAAAGCAAGUUAUGCAUAUACCUUGAGUACUCUUUCUAACACAUUAACCUUUAGCCUGCUGGCAGCAAGUUAUUCUGCCUUUGCGACCAGUGCAAACCAAGAUCAGCCUGCACAAAUGUGCAGGCUGAUCAUGGUCUGCACUGGUUGCUGUUCAGUCAGUAAAUUUUUAGCGAACACCCCUUUGAAUAAGAAGUGGUACUGCUGAAAUUGAAUAAUGGACCAGUCUAAUUUAGAAAUUUAGCAGAGUAAAGGUUAAACAGCUAACAUUCAACUGUUUUGUUUACAUUAGCUGGUUGCUGCUGUAUAUAAAUUUAAUAUGGAAGCUGAAGUACAUUUUGCUACUAUUUAAAGUUUAGCAUGCUAAACUAUAAACAUACUUUGCCUUUUAAAGUUGUAAUAUUUUGUAAAUUGUUUGAAAAUUUUGUCAUUUCACUAUGCUAAGAGUCUCUUACAUUUAUUAAAACAAACAGGAAAUGUUUAUUUUUUAAAAAAAAUAAUGAAAUAUUAAAAUUUAGAGAAUGUAGUCAUGGUAUAUGCAGGUGUUUUAUUUUGUACAUGUGCAAAGUUGCUUACAAUGAUGAAUAUAUUUGAAAAAUAAUGUUUGUUGUAGAAAACUUGUUCAUCUGUGAUUUUUACAGAGUAUUUCUGUUUGUGAAUGAAUAUAUAAGUAUGUUUUUAAGAUCUUUUCACUGUGCCAAACUAGUUUUCGCAGUCCUUGGUAAACUGUUUGAUAAGAUGUUUAUUAUUUGGUUUUCCCCCUUGGGUUUGGACAUGAUAUAUACCUUCCUUGUAACAGAGAUAUAAAAGGUGUUUUUGAUUCCAUCGGUUAAAAACUUUUUAGACUGCAAUGCUCCUGGAGGUAAGUUUCAGCACCAUGUUGAGAAUAACCUGUCAGGUACUAGAAGUUUGAGACUAGUCAUCCAAAUCAUCUUUAGAACUUGGUUGGCAAUAAUUGGGUCAAGAAAAUCACAAAAGUGUUAUAAUUCUGUCAAGAACAGCAGUAAAAUUGUAGAAUGUAUUCUGCGUACAAGACUAUUCAGGGUUUGAAGACAGCAUUUUGAAAAAUAUAUGUGAAUGUAAAAGUAUGAAAUACGUGUUUUAGGUCGUUUUAGUAGAUUGUAAGGUAACAAGUUGUUUUGGCAUAGUUGAAGGUCUUUGAAUGAAUGUAAUGCAUUUUGUUAGUGGAGCGGCUGUAUGGCAGGAGAUGAUUAUUUAUUCAGGUCUGGUGUUCCACUGCCACAAUAUCUUCAAAAAUGGAUAUUAGUGGCCAUUUCAACAUAAGAAAGUAUACUUUCAGGAUUUUGAUUUUAACGUUUUUUCUGCCUUGAGGUUGUCUAAAUUUGACCAAUUUAACUUGAAUGAUGAGUACAGAAUGAAAUAUUAGUACACUUUUCAAACGUUUUGCUGGUGCGCCGUAAAACCCAAAUAAAAAAAAUCUUAUAUCAAACAGAACUCAGUAAGAACGCAUUUUAUGAUAGUUAUUUUCUGUCAUACUGUCUCUUUCUUCAGGAUAAAAUCAUCACUAUUUGAAAGAUUGCUUACCUUUAUUGUAACAGUGAAUUAUUUGUAUUUUUGUGCUUUAGUUCAGAAUUUUAUAUGUAUAACUAGAAAACAUUCAACAGUAAUGUAUGUUUAUUCUUUGAAAAGAAAAUAUAAAAGAUCCUUAUAUA